UCGUCCUACAAAGUGUAUCUGCGAAGGGAAGCAACGGUUAGUCGUCCGAACGAAAGUUUCCGUUCCCACUGGAAAAUCAGUAAAAUUCGCACGAGAACUCGGACGAUCUCAAGAGCGUGGAACUACGCGAGGAGCGAGCGUAGGGAGCGAGGAACUUGAACUUGGAGAAACGGAGAGGCUGCAUGAAUAAUACGCCGCGAGGGACUGAGCGGUAUGCAGUGGAAUUGAAUUUUCCGCUACGGAUGAUAAUGAAAGUGAAGGGCAUUGUUCAAUAGUACGAAAAAGGAGAACGAAUUUGAAAUUCAUAAGGGGAUGUGUGAACGUUUCGCGCGGACACCAGCGAUGGCGCUGCAGAAUCUACCGCAGCCACGGAGUUUCGUUCGAAUUUCCCAACAGCUCACUCGGUCUUAAGUUCUCCGACAGUGAGAUUCCCAAUGUUCAUUCGGGACCGUCUGGUUCACUGAUAACGUCGACGCUAUCAUCGUGAAACUGUUACACUGUUUCAAAUGUAAAAACUACCUAUUGCGCAUAAUUUGAAUUCAAAUGAAAAAGAAGUGAAAGAGUGGAAUGCGUACAGCGCGCGGUUCGGUUCGAUCGGAUUCAACGCACGGUGUUUAUAGUGAACGUGUCUCGUUAAGAACAAUUGAAACCGUACAAUUAAUUGUGAAAAAGAAACAUAUGAAUGCGGCGUGAUUAAGGAGUUUUCCUAAUUUGGCGCCGAUCAGUAUCCGAUUUAAUGAUCAAUUACCUGUAAAAACAGUGUUGAGCAACUUUCAACGUCUACGUGACUCAGUGCUCCGAUACGAGAACCAACUUAAUUGUGAUAGAUUUAACAACGAACUUAUACUCUUCGAGCGCAACGAUGAACGUAGAUCAUUUAUCCAUAUCUAAAGUAUGAAAUAAAUCGAGGCCGACUUUCGGAGUGAAUCGAUUUAGAAAUUCUUGAAAUAUCAAAGUACAAUUCCAGCGACGAUAUUACAAAAUGAAAUUCAGUAUCCUCGCGGGCGUUUUAAUCGCGUUCGCGAUUAUUAUCGAAAUUUGCUGCGAGCAGAGAUUCGCGGAGACUCCGGCUUUGUAUCAGGAAGUCUCGUCGGGAGACGACGUGCAGUUACGCUGUAGGGUGCAGGACAAACGGGGUCAGUGCAUCUGGCAGAAAGACCGGAAACCGGUGGGCAUGCACCCAGACAAAUACGAAUGGGUCAGUGGACGCGGCAGUGAUUGCACCCUGCUCAUCAGACGAGCUUCCCUCGACUUCGACGACGGCUAUUGGGAGUGUCAGGUCACCUCAGGUGAUUUCACGCGGCAGGACGCGUUGACUUCGCUACCCUCUCGGCUUCUAGUCAGGGUGAAACCCCGGAAUCCACGAUUGGAAUACGGGGGGACUAUUUUAAACACUGGCCUGACUUUAAGGGAGGGUCAGGAAGUCACCAUUUCCUGCGUAUCAAGAUAUGGAAACCCACCGGCCCUCAUCAAAUGGUACAUAGGCGGCGAGGAAGUGGAGCCGCUGAGGGAACAGACGAACACGACGGAAGUGGACAGCCCGAAAACCUGGGCAGCUCACAGUCUCCUCCGGGUUCGCGGACAAAGGGAGAAUCAUGGUCUGCCGAUUCGGUGCAUCACGAUGCACCCAUCCAGUCUCGUUCCAGCCUCUGCGGAAACACUACUGGACGUGCAUUACUCGCCCGAGGUGAGGAUCGAGACGAAGCCACGACUGUUGAUGGCAGCGCUGGAGGAUUCGGCCAGCUUUAUGAGCCUGAAAUGCUUCGCGGACGGGAACCCCAGCGGAACGAUCAAGUGGUUCAAGGAUUCAGCUCCCAUCGCGGUAGCCAGCAACGUGGUAACGUUGAUGCUAAACAGAACGCAGCCGAACGGUACGACGACCGGCUCCGAGCUGAGAUUCGAGCCGGUCAAGAGAAACGACGCCGGUCUCUACUCUUGCAAGGCGGUCAACGUUAUCGGUGAAAGCACCGCGGCCAACUACAGACUCGACGUGCAAUAUGCUCCCACGUUGCGGGAGGACGGUGCGUUCAACGAGACGCAGAGAUUCGAAGAGACGACGCUUCUGGGAACGAGCCUGGAGCCCUUCGAGUGCACCGACUUCGAUGCGAAUCCUCCGGCUCAAUACCGAUGGAUGCAUCUCCGCGGAGGCGUGACGGACAACAUCGAGAAUUCGCUCCAGACAAAGGACGGCGGCAAACGUUUGCGCCUAGAGAACGUGAUGUGGUCCGACGAGGGGGAAUAUCGGUGCGUCGCGUUCAACGUGAUCAACGGAGUGCGGAGAGAAACGCCGAGCGAGGCUCGCUACGUGCUGCACGUAACAGGGCCGCCCGAGAUACAGGCGAGGCCCUCGUCCGCCGGAAAGGGCAUCCACGAAUCUCUCGGCUGGGCCGGGGAACCGGAACACAUUUUGAAAUCACGGUUCUGCUCGAGACCACCGCCGAAGCUCGUCGCCUGGCAAUGGGGAAGCUCGCACAUCAGAUCUGGAGAAAAUAUUCAUCCGAAAUACGAAGCGCUGCCGCUCGAACACAUCAAGGAGGAGGACAUGCCAACGAAUUGUUACUGGGCGAAAUUGGUAAUCAAGGAUCUUCAAAAGGAGGACGCGAGGAUCUACACGCUGUUCGUUGAAAGUGAAAAAGGCAGAGACUCCACUAACAUCAAACUGGUGAUUCGCGAUCCGACAGAAAUGAGAGUGAUCGCCGCCGCCGCUGCUGUUGGCCUACUGUUCCUCUUACUUCUGAUUUCUAUCGGCGUUUACUCGGUGCUGAGGAUGAAGAACAGACGGUAUCGCCGUGAAGAGGAAGAGGGAAGCAUUGCCGCGGACGCGUUUUACAAUAAUGGUAACGCGACGCCCGACAGACAGAAGAACAUGAAUUGUUCUCAAGGUAAAGGGUACGCGAGAAAGCCGACCUCUGAGGGCGGACUGGCCGUCACGUAUGAUUACGACCAGAUCGCGAAGCAGGUGCGCGCCAUGAGUCCAGAAGCGUUGAAAGUCAGGCGGGCGCCAGCUGUUCUUCAACCGCCGACCAUUGUGUGACUGACGUGGUCAUUGCCAUGACGAUUGUACUUAUUUUCGCGUUUUCUUCGUUCGUCUUCGUCAAAGACAAGUUCAUAGCAAAAACGGUACUUCAAAUCAAGGUAUGUGAUAACACAACGGAAAAUAUAGUUUCGAAGCUCUUACGACAGGUUGAUUUCUCGUUACUAUUACUUUUAAGCUUUAUUAGAUUAAUUUAUUCGAUUGUGCAAAAUAUGAACGCGGCUGAAAUUUCUUCUCUGUAAUAUACUCAGUUUUACUACAAUUUUAUA